GCACUGGAGCAGUUCUUCCUGCCUCCGAGUGGAUCUAAGCCAGAGCCGCUGUCUCCCGGCCGAACAGGUUUGUGCAGGGCCGGACAAUGGACGCGAGGCUGACUCUGGACACCAAGGUGGAGGCGGCUGGGAAGGACAGCGGGAAGAAGUACAAGCGCAUCUGCCUGGUUCUCCUGGCUUUGCUGGUGAUAGUGACGCUUGGGUUAGGCUUGGGGCUUGGCCUGAGAAAGCCAGAAGAACAAGCACAAGGCAGCUGCCGGCACAGAUGCUUCGAGGCUGGUUUUCGAGGCCUGGAGGGCUGCCGCUGCGACGCAGGCUGUACAGACCGUGGGGACUGCUGCUGGGACUUUGAGAAUAGCUGCGUGGAACCAACUCGGAUAUGGACCUGCAACCUGUUCCGCUGCGGGGAGAGGCGUCUGGAGCGCAGCCUGUGCUCCUGCGCGGACGACUGCGAGCAGCGCGGGGACUGCUGUGCCAACUACGGGAGCGCAUGCCAGGGAAGAACCCCAUGGGUGGAAGAAGCCUGCAGCACGAGCCAGCAGCUGCAGUGUCCCCAAGGGUUUGAGCUGCCUCCCGUUAUCCUGUUCUCCAUGGACGGCUUCCGCGCCGAGUACCUGGACACGUGGGUGCCGCUGCUGCCCAACAUCCGCAAGCUGAAAACAUGUGGAAUUCAUUCAAAAUACAUGAGAUCUAUGUAUCCCACCAAGACAUUCCCAAAUCACUACACUAUUGUUACGGGGCUGUAUCCAGAAUCCCACGGCAUCAUUGACAACAACAUGUACGACGUGGAGCUCAAAAAGCAUUUCUCACUUUCCUCCCAGGAGAAGUACAACCCCGCCUGGUGGGGCGGGCAGCCUAUCUGGCUGACAGCCAUGUACCAAGGCUUAAAAGCCGCCACCUACUUUUGGCCUGGAUCAGACGUGCGUGUCAACGGCUCCUUUCCUUCAGAGUACCGGGAUUACAACGGCUCUGUCCCCUAUGAGGAAAGGAUCUCCACGCUGCUGAAGUGGCUGGACCUGCCCAAGGCCGAGAGACCAAGCUUCUACACCAUCUAUGUGGAGGAGCCUGACUCUGCAGGCCACAGCAGUGGACCCAUCAGCGCUCAGGUGAUCCAAGCCCUGAAACUCGUGGACGAGGCCUUCGGGCUGCUGAUGGAGGGGCUGGCGCAGCGGGGCCUGCACAACUGUGUCAACAUUAUCCUGCUGGCUGACCAUGGGAUGGACCAGACCUACUGUGACAAGGUGGAAUACAUGGCGGAUUAUUUUUCUGAGAUAAACUUCUAUAUGUAUCAGGGGCCGGCUCCCCGCAUCCGGGCUCGGAAUGUACCCGAGGGCUUUUUCAGCUUUGAUUCUGAAGGCAUUGUUAGGAACCUCAGUUGCCGAAGACCCGAGCAGCACUUCAAGCCCUACCUGUCGCCGGACCUGCCCAAGCGCCUGCACUACGCCAGGAACGUGCGCAUCGACCGCGCGCAGCUGCUGAUGCAGCGCCAGUGGCUGGCGGGCAGGACCAAGGCUAGCACCUCCUGCGGCGGCGGCACCCAUGGUUACAACAACAACUUUAAGAGCAUGGAGGCCAUGUUCUUGGCUCAUGGAUCCAGUUUUAAAGAGAAAAUGGAAGUUGAACCAUUUGAAAAUAUUGAACUCUAUAAUCUAAUGUGUGAUCUCCUCCGCAUUCAGCCCGCACCAAACAAUGGCACCCACGGUAGCCUGAACCAUCUUCUGAAGGUGCCUUUCUACGAGCCGUCCCAUCCAGAGGAAGUGACCAAGCUGUCUGCUUGUGGCUUUACUGCCUCUGUGCCCACAGACAACCUGCACUGCUCCUGCCCUCAGCUAGAGGGUGCUAAACUAGAGCAUGCGAAUCAGAUGCUAAAUCUCACCGAAGAAGAAAUAACAGCAACAACAAAAGCCAACCUGCCGUUUGGGAGGCCCAGGGUCUUACAGGAGAAACAGGACCACUGUCUCCUGUACCACAGAGAGUACAUCAGUGGGUUUGCCAAAGCGCUGAUGAUGCCCCUGUGGAGCUCAUACACGGUCCUCAAGCCGGGAGACACUUCGCCUCUUCCGCCCACGCUCCCAGACUGUCUGCGGGCUGAUGUCAGGGUUGCUCCCUCCGACAGCCAAAACUGUUCCCUCUACUUAACAGACAAGAAUGUCACCCACGGCUUCCUCUACCCUCCGGGGAACAAUAGAACUGCUGAUGGCCAAUAUGAUGCUUUAAUUACAAGUAAUUUGGUCCCAAUGUAUGAAGAAUUCAAAAAAAUGUGGGACUACUUCCAUAGUGUUCUUCUUGUAAAAUAUGCAGCAGAGAGAAAUGGAGUAAAUGUGGUCAGUGGACCAAUAUUUGACUAUAAUUAUGAUGGCCAUUUUGAUUCUCCAAGUGAAAUUACAGAAUUCGUAGGUGGCCGCGUCCCGCUCCCCACACACUACUUUGUGCUGCUCAGCAGCUGUUCGGACCUCAGCUAUGACCCCACCAACUGCUCCAGCAGCCUGGACGUGCUGCCCUUUGUCCUCCCGCACCGACCCACCAACCUGGAGAGCUGUCCGGAGAAUAAAACUGAAGACCUCUGGGUGGAAGAAAGAUUUAAAGCACAUGUCGCCCGGGUUCGUGAUGUGGAGCUGCUUACUGGGCUUGACUUUUAUCAGGAAAAAACACAGCCAGUCUCUGAAAUUCUGCAACUGAAGACAUAUUUACCCACAUUUGAAACUGUUAUUUAAUGUAUAAAACAAUUUUGGUGAGAUGUAGAUGAUUGUUUUCUGUUGAAAAAUCAUAAAAUAAAGUUAUCUAUUUUUCCUUGG